AGGACAAUGCGUAUGAGAAUAUGCAAGAGUCUCAGGAGACUCACAUGUCCAGCCACCUGGAUGAAGUCAUUGCUGCUGUCAGCGUCACUUCUAAAAACAGGCUCUCAAAUAAGCUGCUUCAGACAGCACUGUUCCAGCCCCCUCGAGAGAAACUCCACCUGUGUGAAGAGAGAGCGAAGUCCUACUCCAGCAUCCGAGAGUACAAGCAGGCCAUCCAGGAGCUUGUGCGCUGUGUGGCACUAACGAAAAUUUGCUACGGCGACUCGCAUUGGAAAUUAGCAGAGGCAUAUGUGAAUCUGGCUCAGGGUUACCUCCAGCUGAAAGGGUUGUCACUACAAGCAAAGCAGCAUGCAGAAAAAGCCAAAGAAAUCCUGGCCAACUCCAUGGAGAGUCCCUAUUACAACAAGACAGAUAUCUUCAAGUGUUCCCUAGAGCUUUUCUAUACCCUGGGGAAAGCCCUGGUCUCCCUUCAAAAAUUUAAAGAAGCCUGGGAGAACUUGAUAAAAGCUGAGAGACUUUCCAAGGAGAUGCUGCAAUGUGGGAACAUUAUAAAGGAAGAGUGGAUAGAAAUCCAAUCUCGGAUCAAGCUGUCGUUUGCACAGUUGUAUCAAGGUCAGAAAAGAUCAAAAGAAGCUUUCCCCUACUAUCAGAAGGCUUUGGAAUAUACUGAGACUACCAAGGAUGAAAAAAGUUUUGAGUGUGCACAAGUACUGAGGGAAAUGGCAGGCGUGGAGCAAGCCCUGGCACUCUACGACGCCUCCAUCGGUCAUUUCUCACAGGCACAUCUCAUCAUCCUGAGUAAAGAACCCUCCCCAGAGGAUGCUGCAGACUCUGCACUCUCUAUUGCCCGGGCUGCCGUUGCUUCUGGGAUGCACGACCACCAUGAUGUGGCCGAGAAGUAUUUUCAGGAAAGCAUGACUUACCUCAAGGAUUCCGAAGGAACAGAAAAAGCCAAGUUCCUUUCGAUUCAAGAUGAAUUUUGCAGUUUUCUACAAACCAUUGGACAAAAAGAAAGAGCGGCCAUGAUCCUGAGAGAGUCCCUGGAAGCAAAAAUAGGAGUGUUCGGUGACUUCAGUCCUGAGGUGGCAGAAACAUACCGGAUCCUGGGCAGGGCAGACCUGGCUCAGGGAAACAACAACGGAGCGCACAUGAAGCUAAAGAAGUGUGUCCAGAUUGAGACGUUCUUGUAUGGAUCACAGGACAAGAAGACCAUGGCCACCCAGCAAACCAUAGACACGCUGUCCAAGAUCUCCGAGGCUCCCGUGAAGCCAAAGCAAUCACUGAAAGCCAAGACAGCGUUCUGCACCAGUGUCCCCCAGUACGUGACGCCAGGGAAGGCCAGGCACAGUGCGGCAGAAUGAUGCCCCCAUGUGCCGCCCCCCAAAAGAAGCUCUGAGAAAGAGCUUUUUGGCAUUGCUUUUAGGAUGCUGAGCAAACCUCUCUCCAGCCAGAAGGUGGAGUUUAGCAGUCACUGCAGAGUUUGGCUGUUGUUUUCAGGAAUGCAAUGGCAAGUGCCAUGAAUCUCCCAACAUCCCAACCUGAACGCCCUUCGGUGGUUCAGCUUUGGUUAUUUUCUAUCACCAAGGGAGAUUUCCCCAUCAUCUCUGUAUGGCUCAAACACUCUUCUGAAGUUGGAGCUUCUCCACAGGAGAGGAGACCCACCCAACGCCGGGCAGGGCUCCUGCUCAAUCCAGAGCCACAUCUGGGGCAGUGAGACCCUGCACAAAGCCUUCCUUAUAGGAAAUUAAUAGUAACUAAGAAGAAAAUACCAAUAAAGAGAAACUUGUUCUAGUGUC